UCGCAUAUUCUUGCGUAAAUAUGCGCAAAUUCGGAGUGGGACUGGGGGAGGGUGAGGUCUGGGGACUUCCGGGAUCAUCACUCCCGUUCAAUUACGCUCCAUUCGUCCGAAUCAGGUCGAUUGCUCCGAUUUUUCGGAGCUCCUCGGGCACUCCCUGUUUUUAUUAUUAUUUACAUACGCGAAACCUCCGAAAGAUGGCGGAUUGACCUGAUUGAUUUGAAUUACUCCGUUGUUGCUAAUUGUGUUAAAUUGUUGUUUAUUGUUGAUCUCAUGAGCAUUGAAAUUAUGAUCGAGCUGUCCCCGAGCCCCCCGAACCGCCGCAUUUAGCAUUCCCCUCGACUAACCGAAGAACCGAAGUGCUUGAAGUCCACCAGCGUGAAACCAGUGGACAAAAAUGAGUUCUCCAGGGUCAACGGACACUCCGGACAGCGCAGCGAUACCAAAAAUCAGUGAAAUCUCCGAGAAGACGAGGAACUGGGUGCAGUUCGAGGAGGAGCCCGUGGCGGGUGCCCUCCCGUCCCCAAAGCGCCGGGAAAAUCGCGAUCGCCCGGAGAACUCUCUGUCCGAGGCGGUGGCCAUCGACCCCGAGAAGAUAAAGAAAUCCAUCGAGGAGACCGAGGGGAAGACCCCGAGGGGCAGCGAGUACAGUGGAGCUGUGAUAGCAACCGAAUCCGUCCAACUUAACUUAGACAGAUCGGGACUGAGCCGAUCGAUAUCCUCGGACAGUCCCGAGAACAAUGUGCCUUCGGACGGCAAAACUCCGGACCCAAAAAGUGCCUCUUUGAAGACUAUUGACCUCAGGGAUACCUCGAACGGGAGGAGUCACGUUAAUAAUGUUAUUAGUACGCCGAUCGGCAACAUAAGGCGAGGAUUCGCCAAUGGGGACACCAUUGUCACCCUGCUGCCGGUGAACACGAGGUGGCCCUGGAUCACGCCUGCCAAAUUCCGCCCGGAACUCGUGCCGGAGGAACUCAUGGCUCAGGGACUUACACUAACCGUGGAAGAUUACGUCCACAUAAUGGAGCUGUUGGUCAACGACGUGCGCUUCAACAUGUACAACAUCUGCUACAAGCGCAUUCUCGUCCUCUGGAUAUUCACAGCCUUCGUCAUUCUCCUGGGGCUUUUGUUCUCGGGGGUGACAGGCCUGACUCUCUUCGGUCUCGGGAUAAUGUGGCUCAUCAUGAAUGCAGCGGCAAUAUUCCUCUGCAUGUUCGUGAAGAUAAAACUCAAUCACAAUUUGGAGAAGUGCAUGGCUCAGGUGAAUAAACACCUGUUGCGUCACAAGAUUCUGCUGGGGCUGGAUGACAGGGGGAAGAUAUCGUGUCACAAAGUCAACUUGUGCUUCAUUUACUUUGACACGACUGAUUGCAUUAAAAAAUUGCAAGAGGUCAUUGAAAGGGAGGAACGAGACGGUCGGGUGAUUGGUGGUGAUGACACGAGUGAAAUGCAGCGCAGGAGACAGGAGUUGCAGCAGCGAAUGGACAUUGACGACAGUGAUAUUGUUAUUCAAGGCUCAUCCACUACAAGACUGUCUCGUAAACAGGAGCGGGCGGAGCUGCUGUUGCUGAGAUACGCAGCAAGAUGGGCUCGUAACUUUGUCAGACACAGGCUGGACCUGGUUGUUGAUUCGCAGGAUCGUAACAGGGUCAUCAUUGGAUCUACAGCUUCACCUCGUCACUGUAUAUUCGCCCGUUGUCCUUGUCAGUUUAUUGAGGAUCAUCUCAAAUGCAAGCCCAAAGGAUAUCCACCGGGCUUCACCUGGUGCUCAUACUUGAGUGAUCCUGCCGUUAGGUAUGAUCAUCCGUACUACGUGAGCUCAUCAAACUGAAGUUUAUAGAUUUUAUUUCGUUGAGUAGUGGAUUAUUAGUGGAGUAGUGGGAGAAAACGUCGCAGUCGAUUUUCCACUUGAUAAAUAUCUCGAUAGCUAGUGACAUUAGGGAAAAACAUCACAGGACUUUUUUAUAGGAAAUUUUGUGAUCUACAAAAAAGUCUCAUGAAGUUUUCUCGUGCAACCACUCGUUCUCAAGAUAAAUCCGCAAACAAGAAAAAUGUCCAAUUGCAUUUUUCAAAAAACAACUUCAUUACCCCCUUGAUGAAUUCGCAAUUAUCUGGAGAACAAAUAGCGUGAGAAAAAAAAGUCAGAGGACAAUUUUGUAGGAAAUUUCCUCAGCUACAAAAAAUGUCUUAUGAACUUUUCUCCUAAAAUCACUCGUUAUCGAGAUAAUCGAACAAUUAGAAGAAGAAUCAAUUUUCCUUAUUUCACAAUUGAUUCCAAGGGUCACAAUUAAUAUUAAUAUCAAUAUUCUAUUGAAGUAAACAUCUCAAUCAAAAUGUAAAGUCGUUGGGGAGCUCUCAAAUAGUAUUAUGAUAAUUUAUACGGGGGAAUUUACCAGUGUUGUGAAUGUAUUAAUAGAGAUUAGUUUUUUCUCGAGGAAAAUAUGCCCACAUCUGUGUGCAAGGGGAACGUGCCUUCAAGUAUAAAUAUUAAUUAAUUGAUAUCUGAGAAUAUGCGUUAGGUAUCCGUCCACUCGAUAAAAAUAUCGUACAAUUCCAAUUUACUUUGUUGUGAUGACACGAAGUAUUCAUUUUUCUGUGGUUUCUUGUUUGAAGAAAAAUUUAUUAUGGAAAAUUGAAUGAACAUAUCUUUACACGUACUAUUCAUGUAUAGAGAUUUUAUAAUAAAGUGAUUAAGGUAUUUA